UCUUGACUCUUUAUGACAUAGGUUUCGGCCAUGCAGCGUCCAAUGGACUGCCUACGGGAUCGCUUCGGCGGUGAGGCGGCCAACGGUCUGGAGGCAGUGUUCCAGGAUGCUGAGAAGAACGAGGCGAAGCUUGCUCACUUUUUGUCCAUGGCUGAGACUUCCCCACAGGCUGCCCCGUGCGUUGCUCGAGCCGAGACGGAGCAGAAGGACAUCUUAGAUCUCUUGGCGAAGAUGGCGCUCUAUGCCCCGGAGGUGUGGUAUAGCAUCGUGACCGGCCUGGACAGACCUGACGAUGCCAAGAACGACUACUCCAACAUUGGCGUGGCCUUCGAUGCCAGCUCGCGCGUGCGGCGUGCGGGCUUGGAGACCUAUCACCAAAAGCUGUCCCAGGCGGAGGCGCCAGCCCGAACUGGAACUUGGACGUCAGAAGCCUCGGAGGCAGCGUAUGAUGGAUCCUAUGUCUACUUGCCUUUGCCUGAGCCGGAGCACGCCGUGGUGAGGGCCAAAGCCACAGCCGAGGCCCCUGCUGAGGCGGGCGCUGUGCGCUUGGUGGCCAUCAGUGACACCCACCUGCUGCACCAGGGCGUGCAUCUUCCUGCCGGAGACGUUUUGGUGCACUGUGGGGACUUGAGCUACGAGGAAUCCCGGUCCAAAGAAGGGCGGAGCCUUCUGGACAAGUGCAGAAGACAGGGCUUCGAUGACCCGGAGAGCUUCGCGAACAAGGACUUCGAGGGAUUCCUGGCGUGGCUUGAGAAGUCUUGCCCCGACAUGUUCUCGGGCCUCCAGUGGCUCAGCCGUCAGACCUACGAGCACCUGGUGCUGGUGGCCGGGAACCACGACUUCAUACUGGAGCAGCUGGGGACGACAAACGCUGAGAAGCUGUGCAGCCACUUCGGGAUCAAGUACCUGUACGCUGCCCUGAAGCCCAUAGCGCUGGACUUCACCUCCGGGCGCCGGCUGCGGAUCUGGGGCUCCGCGGUCUCCUCCCACGCGAAGCUGGGCCGCGACCGGGCCAUCGCCUCGGGGAAUUUGGCCUUCCAGCUGGACAUGGAGACGGGCGAAGGUGAGUUCCGGGAACAGACCGCUCACCUGCAGCCUCUGGAAACGGAUGUUUUGAUCACGCACGGGCCCCCGAACGGGUGCCUCUACGGCAAGAAGGACAGGACCUUCCCCAGCUGCAUCAACGAGCUGCUGCGCCGUGUCCGCCCCGCUCUCUUCCUGUGCGGGCAUGCGCACAACCCCGACGGCAUGAAGCUGCCGGACAAGGUGUGCAAGCUGGAGGGCGUACUGGGGGUGCACUGCGCGGUGACCGGAGUGUGGAACCAGCUCACUGGUUAUCCCUUCGUGGUGGAUUUGCCUGCGAGGGCCUGUCCGUAGGUCAAGCUGAAUCACCUGGACACCGAGCACUUGUAAAGUACUUGUACGAUAUAAUAGAUCGGCGCGAACUCAUUGGAUUCCAAAGUGUCCCAAAGAGUGGACGUUUUUCUACGUGUGGCUCUCCGCGCGUCAUUCCUCUCACAUCGUCCGAGAAACGAUCAUGAACCGCUACCCGUUUGCUGGACAUGUGGAAGCAUGGCUUUGUCAUGUCUGUCCGCGCAGCAAAAACUGGGGCUUCAAUGCGCGGGCGCGCGCGGGAACCGGAAUUCAAGAUUGUGG